GAUGUUAUUGGCAAAUUUCACCUAACUGGAAGAGAAUUGAGAAGUGGAGGAUUGGAAGUUCCAUCAAUUUAAAGUUUGAAUACGGUCCAUCCAAAAUCUGGAAUUCGCUGAAUUCCUUAGCUCGAAGGAAUUAAACAAAAUUCCACUACUCAAUUCCUUUGUCCAGAAAACCUGUUAGUUGAUUAUAAUAUUUUUGAGUUGUGUUAAUUUGAAUUAAAUACCAAAGUUGUAGUGUUAUUCUUAUCCAAAAAUAGUUAUGUCAAAAUUCUCAUACCUGUCGAUUCAGAUGUGCAAACCAACAACUUACGCAUAUAUUGCAUGGAAAUUCAUGUGAAUUAAUUUUGUAGCGAAUUACUUGCAGGGUUGUUUUCCUUUAUUUUUCCCCUGUUUCUGAACAAGAGAAGGCCAAAAAAUAAAGGGUGAGGGCUGUUAAAAACAAAACAAAACUAGAGGAGCAGAAAAAAAAGAGGUGGCAGUUUGUGAGUUAGUUUGAUUGAGGACCAGGCCAAUAUUCUGUUCGUUCAGUUUUUUUUCUUCCCCAAGCUCCCGUUUGGGAUAUUUGUCUUAUUUAAAUACGCUAGCUUCCCAAACACCAACAAACAUCAAUCAUCCCUCCAUUGCGAAGGAAAGAGGAAACCAGGGGAAGAAAAGCAGAAGAGGGGAAAGCUAGAGGAGAAGAAGAAGAAGAAGAAGAAAAUGUCGAGGAAGGUGGCGGAGAAGGAGUACCAACAAGUGGUUGUGGCCGUGGACAAAGAUAAAGGAAGCCAGCAUGCUCUGAAAUGGGCAACCGAUCAUCUCCUCAGCAAAGGCCAUACCAUUGUUCUCCUUCACGUCAAACACCGACCGUCUUCUUCUUCUUCUUCAUCGUCUUCCUCUUCUGCCUCUUCUUCUGGUCCUGCUGCUCUCGACGACGAUAAUAGAGUCCCGAUUGAUGGCCAAGCCAGAGAGCUUUUGCUUCCUUUCCGCUGCUUCUGCACCCGUAAAGAUCUAAAAUGCAACGAAGUUGUUGUGGAGGAUUAUGACAUAGCCAAAGCAAUCGUCGACUACGUGAAUGCGAAUUCCGUUGAUGUCGUGGUGCUCGGCAGCCCUUCACGAGGCGGCCUCGUUAGAAAGUUCAGGGUGACAGAUGUUCCAAGCAAUGUCUCGAAAUUGGCACCAGAUUUCUGUACCGUUUAUGUUAUUGGCAAAGGAAAGAUCUCAUCAGUGAAAGCCGCUACCGCACCUGUCCCUGCACCGCCUAGACCUAUUGCUGCUGCUGCUGCAGCCUCUCCAGGCCCAGGUUUCUCAAUUCCUGAUCCUGCUUCCAGGGGUUACCAAAGAGCAGAAAGAUCACUUUACCCGCCAGGCUAUCAGAAUGAAGAUGAUUUCAUUAGGUCGCCGUUUGCAAGAGGAAGAGCUUCAAUAGCAAAACUAGCCGAAUCGCCAAUGCCGGAUUCCGACAUCUCUUUCGUCAGCAGUGGAAGGCCGAGCCUCGACUACCACUUUGCAUCCAUGAGCGACGGGGAUGCGCCAAGGCUCUCGACCGGCUCGGAUUUCGACACCAGAAGCACCGGAUCCUCCUACUCAGGAAAUCGGUCCCUCGACCUUUCAUUCCAGGAAAACAUGGAAGCCGAGAUGAGAAGGCUGAGACAAGAGCUGAAGCAAACGAUGGAGAUGUACAGCUCAGCUUGCAAGGAAGCUCUCUCAGCGAAACAACAAGCCAGGGAGCUUCAUCGGUGGAGAAUGGAGGAAGAGCAGAGACUCGAAGAGGCGAGAAUCAGCGAAGAACAGGCACUGGCUCUCGUCGAGAAGGAAAAGGCCAAAUGCAAAGCAGCACUCGAGGCAGCCGAAGCCGCCGAGAAGAUCGCCCAAUUCGAAGCACAGAAGAGACGAGCCGCAGAAUUGAGAGCCAUACAAGACGCCGAGGAGAGAAAGAGAGCCGGCAAUGGACUGUCCCAUGGCGGCGGAUGCGCUGCUGAUAUUCGGUACAGGAGAUACGAAAUCGAAGAGAUCGAGUCUGCAACCAAGGACUUCGCAAACAAUUUGAAAAUCGGAGAAGGCGGGUACGGCCCCGUGUACAGAGCUCAUCUCGAUCACACACCCGUCGCCAUCAAAGUCCUCCGGCCCGACGCAGCUCAGGGAAGGUCUCAGUUCCAACAGGAGGUGGAAGUCUUGUGCUGCAUUCGCCAUCCAAACAUGGUGCUCCUCCUCGGAGCGUGCCCCGAAUACGGCUGCUUGGUCUAUGAGUACAUGGCCAACGGUAGCUUGGAAGACAGGCUUUUCAGAAGAGGGAACACCCCGCCUCUUUCGUGGCAACUAAGGUUCCGAAUCGCAGCAGAAAUCGCCACGGGCCUACUGUUCCUCCACCAGACCAAGCCCGAACCGCUGGUCCAUCGUGAUCUCAAGCCCGGCAACAUCUUGCUGGACAGGAACUUCGUCAGCAAGAUCAGUGACGUAGGUCUGGCGAGGCUCGUCCCUCCGUCGGUCGCUGACUCGGUGACCCAAUACCGGAUGACAUCCACGGCCGGAACGUUCUGCUACAUCGACCCGGAGUACCAGCAGACGGGAAUGCUGGGGGUGAAAUCGGAUAUCUAUUCGCUAGGCGUGAUGCUGCUCCAGAUCAUCACUGCCAAGCCGCCGAUGGGGCUAACCCACCACGUCCAAAGGGCGAUCGACAAGGGAACGUUUGAAGACAUGCUCGACCCUACCGUGCCAGACUGGCCCGUGGAGGAGGCGUUGAGGUUUGCCAGGCUGGCCCUUCAGUGUGCCGAAUUGAGAAGGAAAGACAGGCCGGAUUUGGGGAACGAGGUGUUGCCGGAGCUCAACAGGUUGAGAAUGUUGGCCGAUGAGAAUGUGUCUCCUGCUGCUGCUGGCGGGUUCAGCUAUGGUACUGGGAGCACAGGGAGCUCGCCUUUGAAUAGUCAGAGUAGUCAGGAUGUGUUCAGUGAUCUUCAGUCUGGUUAUGAUAGCUCCAGAAGCCGGUCUAGUACCUCUUCCUACGGCGGCAGAAGAUGAUGAUGAUGAUGAUCAGACUUUCCAACGACAAUGGAGGAGCUGGAAUAUAUAUUGUAGUUUGUUCUGACGACACUGGAUUAUGUACAGGGGGAAGUAUAGUUUGGUUCAUGAAUUUUAUGUUCCAAAAUGUACCGCCUAUAAACGUGAAUAUAAGCCAUGUUUCAUGGAUGAAUACAAUGAUUGAUAUUUCUUCCUAGUAACUCUAUACGAUCAUGCUAAUUCAUAAUAUUGAGAACAAAGAGAAAGAGGUACACUAGAGUUGCAUCGCGAAUCGCUCCAGGCAAUUUUAUCUCCCAAGUACUGAUCCUCCAUAGCAUCAUAAAGGUGAUCUUCAAUAACACCAUCCACAUUCUUCUGCAUAUUCGCUCCAUAUCUCAAUUUGUCUUCUCCGGUACUCCCUACAAAUUGGUGAGUACAUAUCUAUAACUCCCGGUUUAUCCAACAAAUAACUAAAUUUGUAUUGAGUUAACCCCUCAAUUAAUAGAUCAAUCAAUU